GAAUAGAGAAUUGCGAAUGAAGGGAGAAGGUAAGAUCCCCGGUUGGAUUGGCGCCAUCUGCUACAUGGUGUUGGGCUUCAUGAAGGAAAUCCUCUUCACUAUUGUGCCGCAGAACAACGUCAUCAUCACCGGUGACAGGGUGGGCCUCACCCGAUCCGCCAUGUUCCUCUUCAUCUUCAUCAUCAUCCACGCUGUGGGCAACCUUCACGUUUUCCUAGGCCCGGAUGACUUCAACGGCUACGGCUACUUUUACGUCCGCCUCUACUGGACCGGAUUCGGCUUCCAGGCCAACAUCGUGGAGGAGUACAUCCUCCUGGCAGCGUUGCUGCACGUUUUCGUUGCUCUGAGACGGACCUGGGAUGUCAGCAUGAGCUACUCAGUGGCAUCCGGAAAGCUGAACUUGGCUUUCUCGGGCGUCACCCUGCUGACGUUCAUGAUGAUCCACCUAUACCAGUUCAGGUUUGGCGACACCCAGCCGUGGAAGCUUUGCCCACCGCCAUACCUCCUCAACCUGAAGACGCUGCUCCACCUCAGGCUGAACCUCUUCUGGGUCGAUGACCCCGGCUGCCAGGCCGUGUACGUGCGCGACAUCUACCGCAUGGAGUUCGAGAUCUUCCAGUCUUUGGGCUGGGUGCUCUUCUACCUCGCGGCUGUGAUCAUCUUUAGCGUGCACAUGUGCCUGGGAUGGCAGAAAGUUGUGCCAGCCCCAGCCCUGGAAAUCCCCAAGAAAUACCACAGCAGAGCCAUCCACAUGGGCUAUGUCUUCACCUUCUUCAUCGCCAUGAUCUACGCCAGCUUCCCUCUCUACACCCACCUCUUCUCCAUGUCCUCCGGAAGUCUGAGUGUGGAGCCCGCACAGCCCUGA